UGUAGCACACUCUAGUACUAUCUCUGUGUUAUUGUGUGUGUGAGAGAGAAAAAGAGUGUGUCCCAAUCAAAGUCAAUUAAGACAAAAAUAUCAAUGGGGAGAGCUCCUUGUUGUGAGAAAGUGGGGUUGAAGAAAGGAAGAUGGACUGCUGAAGAGGAUAAGAUCUUAACUGAUUACAUCCAACAAAAUGGUGAGGGAUCAUGGAGAUCCUUGCCCAAGAAUGCAGGUUUACUAAGAUGCGGGAAGAGUUGCAGACUAAGAUGGAUCAACUACUUGAGAUCAGAUGUGAAGAGAGGCAACAUCACUCCUCAAGAGGAAGAGAUCAUUGUCAAGUUGCAUGCUAUUCUUGGUAACAGGUGGUCUGUAAUAGCAGGACAUCUACCAGGGCGCACGGACAAUGAGAUAAAAAACUAUUGGAAUUCUCAUUUGAGGAGAAAGAUUUACUGCUUCAUGAAGCAGUUAAAUGAGUCUCUACCUCCCAUUGACUUAGCUGCUAUAAACGUUGCUGCUUCUUCCAAGAGAAGAUCAUCAGGUCGAGGUGCAAAUCAGCAAGCACCUAAGCAAGAGGACAAUAAGAAAAUUCAAGAAGGGAACAAUGAUCUUCAAGCUCAAUCAAAAAGAGAACCAACUUCACAAAGUUAUAAUGAUAAUAACAACAGUGUUGGAGAUCAUGAAAUGCAAGGUUAUAAUUCAUUCAACUCAAAUAAUGGUACAAUUGCCUCAUGCCCCAAUAUGGAAGAAAUUGGGGACUUAGGACCAUAUGAGUGGCUAGAUGAUGAAAUCAUGAGACUUAGUUACAUGUUUGAAAGUGGGGUUCUUGUAAACCCAGAUGGCAAUAUAACCAGUAACGAAGAUCAAGUUGGACUAGUUGGUGAAGAAAUAAUGCAAGGGAGGAAUAAUGAGGAGAGCAAUUUCAGUGGAGAGUGGAACAACACUACUAGCUGUUCUUCAGUGAACUCUGUUUAUGAUUAUCAGUGGCCUGAUAUGCUAUUAGAAGGUAGUAGUGUUCAAUCUCAUAAUCAAUGGGAACUUUGUGAAGAAGACCAGAACAUGAAUUGCUUGUGGGGUAGCAGCAGCAACUGUGAAAUGAAUGGCUUUUAUCAGUGAUCUGAAAAUCAUUUCAAUUGUAAGAGUUGAAGUUUCACCAUCUUAUCAUUGAUUUUUUUUUCUAAUAAUUAAAUAAAUAAAAGAAAGUUAUAUCAAUGGUAAGAUGAUAAAACUUGAUAUGAUAAACUUUUUUACAAUUGAGAGGAUAUUGAUUCAUAUUCAUAUAGUAAUUUAGUAUUUUUAUGGUGGAGGGUUAAAUA